GAGCCGAGCGGCCUGCAGGGCGCAGCGCACCGGGCUGCUCCUCGCGGGGGGCAUCGCGGGGAGCGGCUCUUGGCUUUUUGCUGAAGUUUUUGUUUUUUUUCCUCCGCUUACUUCCGCGGGUUGGAUUCUGAGUGCGCGAAGAGUUUGGGAUUCUUUUACUUUUUUUCUUUUUUCUUUUUUCCUUUUUUUUUUCUUUUCUUUUUUUUUUUUUUUUCCUUUCUGAACUGCUUCUCUCAGUGCGCGCCUCCCCCCGCAGCGGGGUUGCGGCGGGGAGCCGAACCGCACUGACAGCCCCGCCGUGGUCGUACCAUGUAAAUUGGAUAGCACGAGCUCUGGGCAGAGGCUCCAAUGAGUGGCACACAGCCCGCGACCACGGACAGGUUUCCUCUUAAAAAACCUACAAGGCACGGCAGCAUUCUGAGCAGAGAGUCUCCAGCAGACAAGAAGCAGAAGGUUGAGCGCUGCAGCAGCACCCACGACUUCGAUCCGACAGAUAGCUCCUCCAAGAAGACAAAGUCUAGUUCGGAGGAGAGUAGAUCCGAGACGUAUGGUCUUGUUCAGCGGUGUGUUGUUAUCCAACGGGAUGAAAAUGGAUUUGGGCUGACAGUCAGUGGAGACAACCCAGUCUUUGUGCAGUCUGUCAAAGAAGAUGGAGCAGCCAUGCGAGCUGGAGUGCAAACGGGUGAUAGAAUUAUCAAGGUGAAUGGCACUCUUGUAACACACUCAAACCAUUUGGAGGUGGUAAAGCUGAUCAAGUCGGGUUCCUAUGUAGCUCUCACUGUUCAGGGGCGCCCACCGGGGUCGCCCCAGAUUCCCUUGGCUGAUUCUGAAGUGGAUCUGGCAGCAUUUGGGCAUAUGUCUCCCAUCAUGACAUCACCCCAUUCGCCUGGCACAUCAGGAAAUGCAGAAAGGAUUACUAGCCCGGUGCUUAUGGGGGAGGAGAAUAAUAUUGUCCACAACCAGAAGGUGGAGAUUCUGAGAAAGAUGCUACAGAAAGAGCAGGAGCGGCUGCAGUCUCUGCAAGAAGAGUACAGCCGAUCUUCCAGCUCACGACUGCUCAGAGAGAUACAGGAAACAAAGAAGCACAUUACUCAGCUGCAGGAGCAGCUGUCCAAAGCCACAGGCUGUGCUCAGGAUGGAGUUUUGUCCUCCAGGUCUGUGGCAGAAUCGCUGCAGGUCAGUGAAGUGGAGGCAGAGAGUGGAGAUGCUCUGAGCAAACUGGAUUACAGUAGUGACAGCCCCUCUCGACCAAACAGUGACAUUGCUGAUAGUCCUCGCAGUGGCCUGAAGGAGCGGGUUUAUCUGGAUGAGAGCCCAGAGAAGACUGAGGUUCAAGAUACUGAUUCUCAGUCCAGCAUUGGAAGUCCUUCAUCCCGUGUGGGACCACAGAUCAUUGGAGCAGAGGAUGAUGACUUUGACACUGAGCAGGAGCAGAUAAAUGGACAAUGCAGUUGUUUCCAAAACAUUGAGCUCCUGAAGUCUCGCCCAGCUCACCUGGCUGUUCUUCUGCACCAUGUGGUGUCCCAGUUUGACCCUGCAGCAUUGUUGUGCUACCUUUACUCAGACUUGUACAAGCAGACCAAUGCGAAGGAGACUCGGCGUGUCUUCCUGGAGUUUUACCAGUUCUUCUUGGACAGAGCUGCAAAUCUUAAAGUUCCAAUACCAGAUGAAAUCUCUGUAGAUCUAGAGAAAAGAAGGCCAGAACUCAUUCCUGAAGAGCUUCAUCGCCACUAUAUACAAACUAUGCAAGAUAAAGUCUGUCCAGAAGUUCAGAGGAAUCUGGAAGAUUUCAGGCAGAAACGUAGCAUGGGGUUGACCCUGGCAGAGGGAGAGUUGACCAAGUUGGAUGCAGAAAGGGUUCGUGACCGGAACGCGGUGGAGAAGGAAAGAGCAUGUGCAGAACAGAUUAUUGCCAAGAUUGAGGAAGUCCUGAUGACAUCUCAGCCUUUGGAGGAAGACAAGAGCUCCACCAUACAAUAUGUGAUUCUUACUUACAUGAAGCACCUGGGAGUCAAAGCUAAAGAGGCUCGGAACCUGGAGCAGAAGCGUGGCCGUAUUGGUUUCUUGCCAAAGAUCAAGGUACAAAGCAUCAAGAAAGAGAAAGAAGGAGAUGAAAAAGGAAAGAGGAGAGGCUUUCCUAAUCUCUUGGGUCCACCGAGGAGACCGAGCCGACAUGACAGCAGUGCAAUUGGCAGAGCCAUGGAGAUACAGAAGCAGCGCCACCAAAAGCACAUCCCUGCAGUGCCUUCUGUUAGCCCAGAGCCUCCAGAUUCGGGCAAGGUGCGCCAGAGUGGGUCCUCCAGCGAUGGCACAGAUGCACCAUACCCACCUGCCAACCCCAUGUCUCCGUUGGCAGUGGGUCCUUUCUCAUCUCCAGAGGGAAACAAGGACAGUGAAUCAGGCUCGAAGCAGACAGGAGAAGCCCCACCUGCUAAUGAGUGUGUGGAUGGCACACCCCGCACACCCAACACUACUUUUGAAUUCCCAUCUCCCUUGGAAAACUUGCCAGAGGAGGAGGGAGAGUCAGAGAGAGUGGUCGACAUGGGGACACCAAAGCCUUUUCGCAAGAUGGACAGCGUUGGUUUUGCAGAUGUGCAAAGUGAGGAUGAGCUGUAUGACUUUGACAUGGACACAGACCCUCCCAACUGGCAGCAGCUUGUGAGCCGAGAAGUGUUGAUGGGGCUGAAACCCUAUGAGAUCAAGAGGCAAGAAGUGAUUAAUGAGCUGUUUUACACUGAGAGAGCUCAUGUCCGCACCCUGAAGGUUCUGCAUAACGUUUUCUACCAGCGUGUCACCCGGGAAGGGAUCCUCAACUCCAGUGACAAAAAGAAGAUCUUUUCAAACCUGGAGGAUAUCCUGGGGCUUCAUGUGGCAUUGAAUGAUCAGAUGAAAGCGGUCCGGAAAAGGAAUGAGACUUCUGUUAUUGACCAAAUUGGGGAGGAUUUGCUUUCUUGGUUCAGUGGAGCAGCAGAGGAGAAGCUGAAACAUGCCACUGCCACGUUCUGCAGUAACCAGCCCUUUGCUCUAGAGGUCAUAAAGUCCCGCCAGAAGAAAGACUCUCGUUUCCAGACUUUCGUGCAGGAUGCUGAGAGUAAUCCCCUGUGUCGCCGCCUGCAGCUGAAGGAUAUCAUUCCAACAGAGAUGCAGAGACUGACAAAGUACCCCCUUCUGCUGGAUAACAUUGCAAAGUACACAGAACUGCCUGAAGAGAAGGAGAAAGUGAAGAAAGCAGCAGAUCACUGCCGUCAGAUCCUUAACCACGUGAACCAGGCUGUUAAGGAAUCAGAGAACAAGCAGCAUCUGGAAGAUUAUCAGCGUCGUCUCGACCUGUCCUACUUAAAGCAGUCUGAGGAUCCCAUGAUGGAUGAGUUCAGGAACUUGGAUCUCACAAAGAGAAAAAUGCUUCACGAAGGACCUUUGACUUGGAAGGUUAAUCGUGACAAAACUAUCGAUCUCUACACUCUGCUCUUGGAGGACAUUCUGGUGCUGUUGCAGAAACAAGAUGAUAAGCUGGUCUUGAAGUGUCACAGUAAAAUCUUGGCGUCGACGGCUGAUAGCAAACACACCUUCAGUCCUAUCAUCAAACUGAACACUGUUCUGGUUCGUCAGGUGGCAACAGACAACAAAGCGUUCUUCGUCAUCUCCAUGUCAGAGAAUGGUGCUCACAUUUACGAGCUGGUGGCACAGACAGUUUCAGAGAAGAACGUAUGGCAGGACCUUAUAGCUCAGAUGGCAGGGAAUGUAAAAAUGGAGAGUAGCAGAAGAGUGAUUCCAUUACCGCAGUCGGGACCUGGCGAAGAAGAACGUGAAGAAGAGGAGCAGCAGAAGCUCAAAGACCAGCAUGACAUUCCUGCCAGUAGCCUACAAAGCCCAGACAAAGAUCUGGGCCUGGACUCUCCAUUGAUACUGAAUGCUCAGACUUCACCCACCAUGUCUGAAAAGUCCGAGGUGGAAAGUCUUCUUGUGGCAGAAAGACAGUUUGAUAAAGUGCAACAGGCAGACCUGGCCCUGAAGGAGGCUUCUCCGUGCUAUGAACACACAGCCACCAAUUUACCUUUGGUGUCAGGAGGGCAGUGGGCACUGGAUGCAUUAAGGAACCUGGACUUGCUGAAAAAGCUGUUGGUCCAACAGCUUGGCUUUGCUGAGAAGGGGACCCUCGAAGACCGGCAGCGCUUCCCCAGGUUCAGGACCGUCUCUCAAGAGGCACAAACAGAGGGUGGAAGUGAGCUUGGAUUGCAGCACUCCGACCAUAACAAAUUUCACCAGCCUGGAGCAGACCCCACGCUUCCAAGAAGCGGAACUAACGAGCCCACAGCUAAUUAUGGCCUCCGGACUUCAGCUGAAUCACCAGCUCCAGGAGAUGCCAUGCAGCUGGGAGCGAGGGACCCCGGGCCCAGCAGUAACUUAGCGAUGGACCGCAUGGGUGUGAAUCUGGAGGUCUCUGCCACAGAGCUGGAAGGGCUGGGUGCUGAUGAGAGUGGGGAGCAUUUCUUUGAUGCCCGAGAAGCUCACAGUGAUGAAAAUCCAUCUGAAAGUGAGCUGAUGGAAAGGAAGGACGAGGAGGAUGUGCAAAUACGGAUCUCAGGAAAUUAUUUGAUCCUUGAUGGAUAUGAAGCAGUGCAGGAGAGCUCCACGGAUGAGGAGGUGUCGUCUCUGGUUCUCCAGGGUGCUGCAGGUGGCCACAGCUCUUUGGACUCUGCACAGCAGCAGCCCCUUUCCCCACGGGACACGCAGUCGGACGGAGGCAGCUCCCCGUUUGCAGAGGAGAUGAUGGUUUCCCGCUGGGGAGGAGUGGAAGAGCCCUGCACGGUUGUAGCAAACCCUCCCUUCUGGUCUAUAGAGUCACGCGUGCAGAUGAUGCAGUAUAUUCAGAAGAUAGAGAAUAACCUUGAAAAGUUGAAGGAGGUUGAGGAAGACUACAUCAUUCUCCGUCGCCAAGGGCUGGCUGGGUCAGCCUCCACAGGAGAGCACUCAGAGAAAAGUUAGUCAUGUUUUCAAGACGACUGAAGAUUGGAUGAGGACUGUCAGGACUCAGCACCCGCUGCCUUCCUUGUGGACUCGUAAGACAAGAGGGUUCAGACCAUCCAAAUGUGAACCAUCCUCUAGCAAAGCAGGCAUGGGUGCUUUUCCUGUGGGGCAUCUGCACUAUCUUGUCAGUGAGGGAGUCUGUUCUAUUCUACUCCUCCUCUCCUUGGCCACCAGAAAUCUUUUUUUGUUGUUCUUUUUUUUUUUUCAGAACAGAAAAACCAAACCAAAUGUACAGAGCUUUGGGUGUAGGAUAUAAAAAAAAUGUAUUUAGACAUUUAAAAAAAAAAAAAAAAAGGAAAAAAAAAAAAAUCAUUGUAUUUAUUUGACUUCAUUCCGUGUAUCAAAAGCACAUUUUAAUUUUUUUAAUCUGCCUAUUUUUGUUGUUGUCGUCGUCGUCGUCGUUGUCGUUGUUCUGUUUUAAUUGGGUAGUGACAGUUCUGGCCCUGUGCAUCCAGUGUGCUGUGCCUCCCGCUGCUCCUGAGCCUCGUUUGCUCCCAGGGCAGAGGAUGUGCUUUGUGUACCUUCCCUCCACUGGACUGGACUCUGCACUCCCUGCUGGCACCCAAACUGCCAGGCAGAGAAGCCACUUAUGAAGGUGUCACGAUGACUUGUGGCUGGAACUGUGUGCAUCCAACGGUUGCAUGGCAAAUGCCCACAUCACCACGUGUCCAACAAGGCUUUUCCAUGCUCUGAGUAGCCAGGCACUUGGGCAAAGUUUAUUUCCUCCUCCCUCUCUCUCCCAUUAGGGUUUUCCUUUGCUGACAUGCGAGAUAAAACUGGGAGAGGAGAAUAGGCUUUUUUUUUUCCUUGACUUUGUUGGCUUUGAUCAUCGUCUCCUUUGUAAAGUGAUAAAAUUACUUGGACCUGCAGCACUUUUGUAACUCUUCUCUGGAUCAAAAAAAAAAAAAAAAAAAAAAGAAAAAAACAGUAAAAAAGAAAAAAAAAAAAGGAAAAAAAUGCAAACCCAGAAGUGUUUCAAAGAUGUGGGGCGGAUGGGUGUCUGUCCCUGAU